CGAUUGAAAGUUUGACGGAAAGGACCGAGAAGAUGCGAUUGUUUAUGUCUUAUUUCUGUAACACGUGAAAUAAAAAAUACCUUUGAUUUCUUAUAAAAUAGUUUAAACUCUCCAGUAUAUCUCAAUAAAAUGUCAACAGUUGAUAUGGAACAAGCCAGUGUAGAAACAGAUUUUGUGUCAGUGAAAUCUAAAAAGGCAAAAUCAAGAAAAAGAAAGCGAGAAGAAAAACAAGAACUUGAACAAGUUGAGGAAGCAGAUGAUGCAUCAAGUUCAACAAAUCAAACUUCACAUGCAAUGGACUUAGGCGAUAGCCAGCCAACACCAAACAAAAGACCGAGUUUUCCACCAAUAAGUGGAGACAAAUUAAAAGGUGGAAAAACAGAUUUCAGAAAAGUCCCAGUACCUCAAAAUAGAUAUGGACCUCUAAAGGAGAAUUGGAUGAAAAUAUUUACACCAGUAGUUGAACACCUACAUUUACAGAUCCGAUUUAACCUGAAGUCAAGAAAUGUAGAAAUAAAGACAUGCAAAGACACAAAAGAUAUUGGAGCAUUGCAAAAAGCUGCAGACUUUGUUAAAGCUUUCACUCUUGGUUUUGAAGUUGAUGAUGCUCUUGCCCUUGUCAGACUAGAUGACCUUUAUUUAGAGUCCUUCAAGGUCACAGAUGUUAAACCUUUAAAGGGAGACCACUUGUCAAGAGCUAUUGGUAGACUUGCUGGUAAAAAUGGGAAAACAAAGUUUACAAUAGAAAAUGUGACCAGAUGUAGGAUUGUGUUAGCAGACAGUAAUGUACAUAUUCUGGGGUCUUUCCAAAACAUCAAGGUGGCCAGAACAGCAAUAUGUAAUUUAAUUUUAGGGAGCCCACCAUCAAAGGUAUAUGGAACUAUGAGGUCAAUAGCAGCAAGAUCUGCUGAGAGGUUUUAAGAUAAAAAAAUAAACUAUAAAACAGA